UUGUCUUUUUAGGUGAGAACAAAACUUAAUUACGAAUGAAUUCUAACCGUCGGUAUAAUCUAGAUCUGACGUGUCAUCGAUCUUCCUUCUAUGUUUUCAUUUCUUCACCCUCUCCUCUGGAGCAGUUCACUUUUACGCUGCACCUCUCUCUCUCCUCCAUUGAAGCGUACUCCGAGUUCUCCAUUGAAGCGGUUUCUGAGCUUUCUCUCCUCCAUUGAUGCAGUUUCUGAGUUAGAGAUUCGCGGUAGUUUUGGCAACUAUGGCUUCCAAAGGUCCAAGGUCUAAACUUGAUCACGAGUCAAGAGCUCGACGUCAAAAGGCACUUGAAGCACCUAGAGAACCUCGCCGCCCAAAAACACAUUGGGAUCAUGUUUUGGAGGAGAUGAUUUGGCUAUCAAAGGACUUUGAGGCAGAGCGGAAAUGGAAGUUAGCACAGGCAAAAAAAGUAGCUUUACGAGCAAGCAGGGGCAUGCUGGAUCCGGUUACAAGGGAAGAAAAGAGAAUGAAGGAAGAAGAGCAGCGAAUGAGAAAAGUUGCACUCAAUAUAUCAAAGGAUGUCAAAAAAUUCUGGACUAAAAUAGAGAAGCUGGUGCACUAUAAGCAUCAGUUAGAGCUAGAUUGUAAAAAGAAGGCGGCACUUGACAAGCAGUUGGAGUAUCUUUUAGAUCAGACUGAAAGGUAUUCAACUAUGCUGGCAGAGAAUCUCUUGGGCACGUCAAACACCUGUCCUUCAGGACAGACAUCAAUUCAGGAGAAUACUAGUUACUCUCAGCAGAAAGAGAAUGAUGAAGAAAAAGUGGAUGAAGGAUCUAUGGAAUUGCUUGCUGAGGCUAAAUCAGAUACAGAGAUUAAAGUGGAUGCAAUGGAUGCUGAUGAUGAUUAUGAUGUGUCAUCUGAGGAUGAAGCGGAAGAUGACGAGCAGACUAUUGAGGAAGAUGAAGCUCUGAUAACCGAGGAAGAGAGAUUAGAAGAGUUGGUUGCCCUACAGAAUGAAGUAGACUUGCCACUUGAGGAGCUACUCAAACGCUAUUCAGUGAGUGAAGCUAAUGAAGAAAGUAGUGCUGAGGUCUCUCCUAUUGUAACAGGGAACAAUGAUGAGGUUGGCCCUGCUCAGGUCAAUGGAGAACAUUAUCCAGAUGGACGUCAAGUUUCUGUUGAAAGCCCUGACGAGGCUGGUCCAGGUGAUGGAACUGAUUUUCUUGCUGAAGCUAAGGUAGAUGCUGACUGCUCAUCAGAGUUCACUAGUUGUCGUUGUGAAAAACGCAAUGGCCAUGUAUCUGAAGUUGAGGUCUGUUCGCCCAAAAAUUCACCUGAUGGCACAACUACUUCUGAUUUUGUAGAUAGGGAGUAUGAUUCUGAUGAUGACCUGGCAGAUGACGAGUUUAUCAUUGCCACUGGAGAAGAGAAGGAUGAUGAGACAACCUUGGUUGAGGAGGAGGAGUUGGCAAAAGCAGAGCUUAAAACGCCUGAAGAUGAGAUUGCAUUAUUGCAGAAAGAAAGCGAGAUUUCCUUGGAAGAAUUGUUUGCAAGAUAUAAAAUGAAUUCGUCCGAGGCUGGCUCUGCUGACAGUGAAUCGGAUUAUUGUUCUGCUCACUCUGACAUAGAUAGUCAUCCAGCUGUGGAAGUGUCUGACAAGGAAGCCCAAGAUAUAUCUGUAGCUGAAGAUGACUCUGGGGAGAUUAAAACAAUUUCACCUGUCCCUGAUGAAGAAGUUGUUGCUGGUCAUGUGAUGAAUUCUGAAGAGGAGAGUCAAAGAGAAGCUAGAAUUGCUGAUGCAGCCGCCGCUGCCAGGUCUGCACAACCAACAGGAAAUACUUUCUCCACAACUAGUGUACUGACAAAGUUCCCCUUUCUUAUUAAACACCCUCUUCGUGAGUAUCAGCAUAUUGGGCUUGACUGGCUUGUUACCAUGUAUGAGAAAAGACUCAAUGGUAUUCUUGCUGAUGAGAUGGGUCUAGGAAAGACAAUUAUGACGAUUGCAUUGCUUGCCCACCUGGCUUGUGAGAAGGGGAUAUGGGGGCCUCAUCUCAUUGUGGUACCAACCAGUGUCAUGCUUAACUGGGAAACUGAAUUUAUGAAGUGGUGCCCUGCAUUUAAGAUCUUAACUUACUUUGGGAGUGCAAAAGAGCGCAAAUAUAAGAGGCAAGGUUGGAUGAAACCCAACUCUUUUCAUGUGUGCAUCACUACUUACAGACUUGUUAUCCAAGAUUCAAAAAUUUUCAAACGCAAGAAGUGGAAGUAUUUGAUUUUAGAUGAAGCUCAUUUGAUAAAGAAUUGGAAAUCUCAGCGUUGGCAAACUCUUUUAAACUUCAAUUCAAAGCGACGCAUCUUGUUGACGGGUACACCAUUGCAGAAUGAUCUGAUGGAGUUGUGGUCUCUAAUGCAUUUUUUGAUGCCCCAUAUCUUUCAAUCUCACCAGGAAUUUAAGGACUGGUUUUGCAAUCCUAUUUCAGGCAUGGUGGAAGGACAAGAAAAGGUGAACAAAGAAGUGAUCGAUCGUCUUCAUAAUGUAUUGCGGCCAUUUAUUCUGCGUCGUUUGAAAAGAGAUGUUGAAAAGCAGCUACCUAUGAAACAUGAGCAUGUCAUAUACUGCAGACUCUCGAAGAGGCAGAGGAAUUUGUAUGAAGAUUUCAUUGCUAGUUCAGAAACCCAAAGCACUCUGGCUAGUGCCAACUUCAUUGGUAUGCUAAAUGUUAUAAUGCAGCUACGUAAAGUUUGCAAUCAUCCUGAUUUAUUUGAGGGCCGCUCUAUUACAAGUUCUUUUGACAUGGAGGGGAUUGAGAUGCAAUUGAGCUCAACUGUUUGCUCAAUGCUUUCACCUGGUCUAUUUUCUUCCACAAAUCUUUCUGGCUUGGGGCUCUUAUUUACACAUCUAGAUUUCGGAAUGACAUCUUGGGAGUUUGAUGAAGUUCAAUCUAUUGCUACUCCUCCUAGUUUGAUUAAGCAUCGUGUUAGUUAUAGUAAUCUAGAAAUUGUUAGGCCUAGAUUUAAAUACGGGAAGAAAGGUUGUGGGACUAACAUUUUUGAAAAGAUUCAAAAGGAAAUUCUUAAUGUAAGAUUAAAAGAAGCAGAACAGCGGGCUGCUGCCAUUGCAUGGUGGAAUUCAUUAAGGUGUCAGAGGAAGCCUGUAUACUCAACAACUCUACGUGAGCUUUUGACAAUAAAGCAUCCUGUCUACGACAUACAGUGCCACAAGGCAAACCCUGUAUCUCAUGACUAUUCCUCAAUGCUUGCAGACAUUGUUUUGUCACCUGUGGAGCGAUUCCAGAAGAUGAUAGAUCAGGUUGAAUCUUUCAUGUUUGUUAUUCCAGCUGCACGAGCUCCGCCACCUGUUUGUUGGUGCAAUAAAUCUGAGACAUCUGUUUUUAUUGAUCCAAGCUACAAGGAAAAAUGCUCUCAAAAAUUGCUGCCCCUUUUGACUCCAAUACGUCCUGCUCUUGUUCGAAGGCAGUUGUAUUUCCCCGACAGGCGUUUGAUACAAUUUGAUUGUGGAAAGCUCCAGCAGCUUGCUACUUUGUUAAGGAGAUUGAAAACAGAGGGUCAUAGAGCAUUAAUCUUCACUCAAAUGACAAAAAUGCUUGAUAUCUUGGAAGCUUUUAUAAAUUUGUAUGGAUAUACUUACAUGCGUUUGGAUGGAUCAACUCAACCGGAGGAGAGGCAAACUUUGAUGCAGAGAUUUAAUACAAAUCCCAAGAUAUUUUUGUUUAUCUUGUCAACACGCAGUGGAGGUGUCGGAAUAAAUCUUGUUGGAGCAGAUACGGUGAUAUUUUACGACAGUGAUUGGAACCCUGCUAUGGAUCAACAAGCUCAAGAUCGUUGUCAUCGCAUUGGACAGACCCGUGAAGUCAACAUCUACCGUUUAAUAAGCGAGAGCACCAUUGAAGAGAACAUCUUAAAGAAAGCAAAUCAGAAACGAGCUCUUGAUAACCUAGUAAUACAAAGCGGUGGCUACAAUACUGAGUUUUUCAAGAAGCUUGACCCAAUGGAGUUGUUCUCAGGUCACAGAAUAGUUCCCAUUAAAGGAAUAGGAAAAGAGAAUAAUUCGGAUAAUGGGGUUGAGGUUCCUGUUUCUAGUGCUGACAUAGAGGCUGCUUUGAAAAAUGCUGAAGAUGAGGCAGAUUACAUGGCACUGAAGAAGGUUGAAGAGGAAGAGGCUGUAGAUAACCAGGAAUUUACUGAGGAAGCAAUUGGGAAGUUGGAAGAUGAGGACCUGGGAAAUGAGGAUGUUAUUAAAGCUGAUGAAGCUGCAGACCAGAAUGCAUUGGUUACUGUUUCAAAUGUAGAGGACAUUGCUGUUGCAAAUGGGAAUGAUUUGAGUGGGGAGAAUGCUCUCACUUUAGCAUGCAAUGAAGAUGAUGUUGACAUGAUCGCUGAUGUCAAACAAAUGGCAGCUGCAGCUGCAGCUGCUGGACAAGAAGUUUUAUCCUUUGAAAAUCAAUUACGUCCUAUUGAUAGGUAUGCAAUGCGUUUCCUGGAGGUUUGGGAUCCCAUAAUAAAUAAGGAUGCAAUAAAUUAUCAAGUUCAGUUAGAGGAAAAGGAGUGGGAGCUGGAGCGUAUCGAGAAGUUAAAGGAGGAUAUGGAAGCAGAGCUUGAUGAUGAUGAUGAGCCUCUUGUGUAUGAGAAAUGGGACGCUGAAUUUGCUACCCAAGCUUAUCACCAGCAAGUUGAGGCUUUAGCUCAACAUCAGUUGAUGGAAGAACUAGAAAGCAAGACCAAGGAGAAGGAAAACGGCGAGGAUAUGAAUGGUGAUUUCAUCAAGAACGAAGCAUCUGGUGGUGGUAAAUCUAAGCCAAAGAAAAAGAAACCAAAGAAAGCAAAGUUCAAAUCUCUGAAGAAGCACUCUCUGUCCUCCACAUCCAAAGCUCUUAAAGAGGAUGACGUAGUAGAACAUCUGUCAUCUGAUUAUGAAGAUAAUUCUCAUGAAGCAGUUGAUUGUGCAGAUGUAAGCCCAACUUUUAUCAUGUUAAAAAAGAAACGAAAAAAGAACAAAACUGCUGCUACUGAAGAAGAGACAUCCACAAAGAUCAAGCCCAAAAAGGCCAAGAAGACUGCUCUAGUACCCACAUUGCCAUCGAUGGAACCAAACUUGUUAAGCAUGUUCAAUGAAGAAUCAAAAGACUCAAAAUCAUGUGAGGAUUGUACUCUUGAUUUAGAGCUGAAGCCUGCUAGCAGGGGUAAAAUGGGAGGGAGAAUUUCAAUUACAACUAUGCCAAUGAAGAGGAUAUAUACUAUAAAGCCCGAAAAGUUGAAGAAAAAGGGGAACUUGUGGUCAAGUGACUGUUUCCCUUCUCCUGAUUCUUGGUUGCCACAAGAGGAUGCAGUGUUAUGUGCUCUUGUACAUGAGUAUGGCCCAAAUUGGAGCUUGGUUAGUGACACUCUCUAUGGAAUGUCAGCUGGUGGUUUUUACAGGGGAAGAUUUCGACAUCCGACUUUGUGUUGUGAAAGAUUCAGGGAACUUGUCCAAAAAUAUGUUUAUGGUGUCGCAGAUUCUCUCAAUAAUGAAAAAUCGAGCACUGCUGGACCUGCAAAGGGGUUACUGAGAGUUACUGAGGAUCACAUUCGGGUCCUGCUAGAUGCUGCUAUGGAACAACCAGAUUCCGAGUUACUUCUUCAAAGGCAUUUCACUGCUGUGCUCACUUCGGUAUGGAGGAUGACAUCCUCACGUGAUCAGCAAAGAAGCCAUUCAAAUACCCAUAAUAGCCUGUAUCCAAGUCAAAGCAUAAGGUUGUUUGGUACAUCUGUCAAUCCAAAUGCUCAAAAUUCAACCAAAGGGAUAUCUAAGAAAAAGUUUGAUUUGGGUCAGUGUGGAAAACUUAUACAUGCAGCACUGCUUGAUGCGGAGAGUGUAAGCUGGAAUGACAAAACCUCCCAAUCCAGCCAGAUGGAAGAGGACCCGGCCACUAUGGAGAAGUUAGAUGUCACAGUGGAGUUCAGAAGAGAGAGAGAUGAGAUAGGUGACUCCACUGUUGGUUUUCCGUCUGUGGUUUCAUUGUCAAUACCUGGCUUGGAUUCAUUACCACCUGUUAACUCACCUUCAAAAGAAAAUCAACUUAGGUCAACUCAACAACUGGCUGAGAGUCGUUUCAGGGCCUCUUCAAGUGCAUGUCUUCAUGGCUUUUUUGGUUGGGCAUCCUCUGCUUUUCCAAUAAUUGAAUCUCGUAACCGCUCGUCACUAAAAUCAUCUUCAUCAGGGAAGCACAAGCUGGCUUCUGCUGAAACCAGUAGACCUUCCAAAUCAAAGGUCAGAAAAGUUGCAGAAGCUGCUGAGGCUCAUAUUCCAUUCGCAGAACCAUUGCUCCAGUUAUUGCCCACCAUAUCUAACCCUCCAAGUACUCUUUCUGUUUCGCAUCCUUUCGGAAUCUCAGAUAGUUCUUUAGAGGAUCAUUUAAUUGACCCUCCUUACAUUGCAGAAGAAAUUCCUUCAUGUACAGAGAAUGUUGAGAUAAUACCCCAUUGCUAUAAUCCCAGCUUCAUUUCAGGUCUUGAGGAUUGUUCAUUGACCGACUAUACGGAUAUUGGGUGAAUUAGGAACCAACUUUGUUAUAUGUUGAAUUUGGGUUAGUUUUUAGCUAAGCUUGGCAGUUGAGCCCCAGCAUGAAGAAUUACCAUGCUGGCACUCUGGCAGUUUUGCGACUAGCUGAUUGUGCGUUCGGGUACACUAUUGAAUUGCACAGUUCUUGCCCUUUCAUGCUGUGGUAGCUGCAUUUUCCCUCAGUUACACAGGAUAACACAAGGGCCUAAAGGCUAGCUUCCAGAGAAUCGUGGUGCACACGGACAAAUUUUAGAAGGCCACUGAAUAUGCAAAGUACAAGAGCUUUGUGUCGGUGACACAUUUUUCCUGAUGAGGCUUAGGUAUGCAAACUAGCUCAGCGGCAGCAUUCUUUGGAGACUACAACUUCCAGAGUACACCAUUUUGUAAAGUAGUUAGGCAUCAGUAGUCCUGAUGAAUAGAUGUAGCUCUUCUUGUAUAUAUAAUAUACUAAUUCGAUUAUAGUGUGUAAUCAAUGGUCACUUAGACUCAAAAUGCGUACUACCUCUCUUUUUCUAAUUUAAUUUAAUUAUUUAUUUAAUUACUAGUUGCUUUUU